AUGUCCGUCCAGGAAGUGACCAAGGAGGUGGUGAGACCAAUCUACGAGGUCACGGAGAAGAUCGUGGAGGUGCCCCACACCCUGGUGGCCGAGCGGAUCCAGGAGGUGCCAAAGCUGGAGUAUGUGCCCCUGGUGAAGCAGGUCCCAAAGACCCAGGUGCGGGAGGUCCAGAAGCAGGUAGGGGUGCCUCACUACCAGGCCCGCGAGCGCGUGGUGGAGGUGCCGAUCACCAUGGUGGCGGAGCAGAUGGUGGAGGUGCCCCAGGUGCAGAUCCAGGAGUUGGUGAAGGAGGUGCCUCGCCCAGAGGUUCGGGUCGUGCCGAAGCCUGUGGAUAAGCCCGUGAACGAGUACGUGGAGCGCAUCGUCGAGGUGCCCACGACAACGCUGCAGGAGUGCAUCGUGGAGGUGCCCAAGGUCGAGAUCCAGGAGAUCGUGAAGCAGGUCCCUCGGCCGGAGGUGCAGACCGUGGAUCGCCAGGUGGAGAAGCUGGAGGUUCAGUACGUGGAGAAGGUGGUGGAAGUGCCGCAGAUCAUCUACGAGGAGUGCUCGCCCGCGGAGAAGAUCGUGGAGGUGCCGACGGUGGAGGUGCGGGAGGUCAUCAAGCAGGAGACCACGCUGGACCCGAGCAUGGCCGCCUGGUUGACCACCGAGCACGAGAUGGAGAUGCAGGCCUUCGUGCACCAGCACCUGCUCAGCACCCUGAGCCCCUUCUCCCAGCGGCUCAAGGACCUGCAGGACGAGCUGGAGGUGCUACGGGGGGAGAUGCAGCGAGGCUCAGAGCAGCUGCGGCACACCAACACCGUGGUGAAGCAGCACGGCCAUGAGCUGAUGACGCUGACGCUGGAUGUGAACCAGGCGCACACGGCGGUGGGGGCGUUGCGGAAGGAGCUGGUGCCGGAGAUCCAGACCAAGGCCGACGACCGGAAGGUCGAGGCCGAGUUCUCCAAGGUCCAUGAGCAGCUGGAGCUGAUGCGGGCGGAUUUGAAGUCCUACCGCGGCAGCCACGAGAAGAUGGACGACCAACUCCGGGCGCUUCAGGAUUCCACCAGGCAGCUGGGCUCCACUUUGGCGGAGCAGGCCGGGGAGGUGAGGGGCCUCGCAGAGUCCAACGACUUCCUGAGCCACUGCUACUCCGGCAUCUCGGGCCGUGUGGAGCAGGCCAAGCGCGUGGCAGAUGACACCCACGCCGCGUUCGUGAAAUUUCAGCACACCGCUGCCAACCAGCUGGACGACAUCAGGAAGAAUGGCUUGCCGCGUCUCAACUCGCGGCUGGAGACCCUCGAGGUGCGCCUGCAGCGGCAGCAAAAGGAGGCCCAUCAGGAUGCCGAGAACUUGGCUCAGGUGAAGCUGCACGUGGAGAAGAUGCAGGAAGCGCUGGUAGGCAUGGAGGAGGCCCUCCAGCUGCAGGAGAACCAGUUCAACACCCGAGUGGAGCCGGCCUCAACGAGGGGGGAGGGAGACACGCUCAGCUCCAUGGAUGGGGAGGCGGUGAAGGGGAGGAACAAGAUGGAGCAGCUGAGCCAUCGGCUGAACCAAACCAAGGUGGAGCUCACAGACUUGGCCAACGGCCUGCAUAACGACCUGGCCAGGCGGGUCUCGGACCUGUCCACGCUGCUGGACGCCAAGGGCGCGACCAUCCGGAACAACUCCGCGGCGCUGCGGGUCCUCGAGGGUGGGCUGUCAGCCACCAACGCGGACGUCCGAAGCAACGGAAACCGCAUCUCGGAGCUGCGGAUCGUGCAGGAGCAGCUGGUGGAGCAGGCACGGGUGGCGGAGACGGAGAUCCAGGGCCUCUUCGAGUUCCGGAAGGAGGCCACCACCAAGCUGCAGGAGCAUGAUGCCGUGACCGCCCGCCUCGACCUGCGGCAGCAGAGCGCAGAGACAAGGAGUUGCAAACCCAUGCGCGGCAGCUGGCUCAACUGA